ACGCUGGCUUACGUCAUAUGAGGGCGACGGAAUUGUACGCAGACCAUCACGACCUUCCUGACAGGGAAACCAAAUAAUGUAAGAAGCUGAAAUUAUAACACCAGGGCUUUUAGUAUUUAAUUUAUUUAUCCCGCAUCAUGUUUCGUGCCACGUUGGCAGUAUGUGGAAGAACAGUCGUUAAAAGGUUCAUCUCAUCGGUCUCUGGAGAAAGCGCACUUCCAUCAAAUCUGCGACUGCCAUCAAAUCUCAUCGGCGUCGCGGGACAAAAGAGGGCUCCUCCAUCCGGCUCUGAUCUUCCAGUGCUGCGCAGAUGUGAGGCUGAUAUCCCGACUCACCUGGCACCCACUCAAACGUGGCUCGAGUCUUUGGAAAGUCAUGACAGUGAACCUCUUGGUGUGGUUGACCUUCACCCUGAUGUCUUCUCAGUGCCUGUCAGGCUGGAUAUUCUCCAUGCUGUAGAGGUCUGGCAACGUAAUUUCAAACGAAUAAGCCAUGCAAAAGUCAAGUCAAGAGCUGAAGUCAGCGGUGGAGGCAGGAAACCAUGGAAUCAAAAAGGAAGCGGGCGGGCACGACAUGGAAGCAUUCGUUCUCCAUUAUGGAGAGGAGGAGGAGUAGCUCAUGGUCCACGAGGACCAACCAGCUAUUAUUACAUGUUGCCCAUGAAGGUGCGGGUGCAAGGGCUGAAAAUCGCCCUAACUGCCAAACUGGCUCAGGAUUAUCUUCAUAUUGUGGACUCACUGGAGAUUCCCACUCCAGACCCCCACUAUCUCCAGGACCUGGUCAAACACAGACAGUGGGGGGAAUCUGUCCUCAUCGUUGAUGUAGGUGAUGAAUUCCCUCAGAACAUUCUCAAGGCAACCGAAAAUCUGAAAACAGUGAAUAUUAUUCCAGCUAUAGGUCUAAACGUCCACAGCAUGUUGAAACAUGAGAGUCUGGUUCUCACUCUGGAAGCUGUAAAAUUUCUUGAAAAGAAGCUUCUUUGGCAUGAUGUGCGUUAUACUCCCCUGUAUCCCUUCAAACUCCCAUACAGAGACCUGCCAUGAACACAGCAACAUUGACUUUUUGAGUAUUAAAAUGUUUAUUUCAUAAAAA